CUUUCUUUUGCCGUCUGUUGUGCUUUUUAAACUAAACAAAACGUGGAUUUAUAAUUAGUUUUAUGUAUAAAUCUAUUUAAAAUGCUUAAAUUAUAUACCGAUUCUUCUUGCAAUAUUGGAUCAUUGAAAAUCCUCGCAACUGCCGAAUUUUUUUCCACAAAAGUUGAAGUGAUUCGAUCAUCCGAUUCUAAAACAUCCGUUACUUUUCCUGUUUUGGAAGUAUCAGAUGGUUCAUCUUUCUUUUCUUCCAAUGCUUCUUGCAGAUAUAUCCAGAGCCUCAAUAAUGCUAUAAGUUCUGAUAUUGAUGCUUGGCUGGAAUGGGAAUCUACUGUUCUUCAGCCAUCAGUAUGUGCUUUAUUAAAAGCAGCAAAAGUAGAAGGUGCAUCACUACUCUUGAAGAGAAGUUUGAGCUAUUUAAAUGCAGUUUUAGCUCAACAGAAUUAUCUUUCUGGGAAAAAUUCCUUAGGCCUUGCUGAUAUUGUAAUCUGGGCAAAUUUACAUCCAUUGCUUAAGGCAUCCUUUUUACCUGAUGUAUCUGAAUUUUCUCAUUUACAAAAAUGGCUUACCGGCUUGAAAACUCAAAGUCCUUUAUGUAAGGCAUUUUCCAUUGUUUCUGAAGAUGCAAAGCCUGAAAACUUGAAGAAAAAAUUGGUGUGCCACAGUUUGUUAUCUUCAGAGCAUUCAAAAUUUUUCAUGCCUGUCCAUAUUCCUGAUUUCAAUGACCAUGCAAAUGAAUCAGUUGGAGACAAUCAAGAGGCUUCUAAAGAAGUUGAUGUGACUGAAGCUGAAAUUGCUCAUGCAUAUGCUGCUUGGCUAAAAGGGAAAAGCUCUUUUCCUUCACCUAAAUCAAAUAAAGGACCAAUAUUACCUAAAAAAGAUGAACGAAAUAUCUUAGUUACCAGUGCUCUUCCAUAUGUUAAUAAUAUUCCACAUUUAGGAAACAUCAUUGGCUCAGUUCUUAGUGCUGAUGUAUUUGCUAGGUAUUGCCGAGUCAGAGGAUACAAUACUUUGUAUAUCUGUGGAACAGAUGAAUACGGUACUGCCACUGAAACUAAAGCAAUUUCCCUUGGUGUUACUCCUAAAGAAAUCUGUGAUAAAUACAAUAAAUUGCAUUCAGAAAUUUACCAGUGGUUUAAUAUUUCUUUUGACCACUUUGGGAGAACUACUACUUCUAAACAGACAGAAAUUGCUCAAGAUAUUUUCAACAAACUGUAUGCUCAGAAUUUAGUACUUGUUGACACAGUUGAGCAGUUAUAUUGUGAAAGUUGUGAAAGAUUUUUGGCUGAUAGAUUUGUGGAGGGUAUAUGUCCUUUGUGCCAAUAUGAAGAUGCUAGAGGAGAUCAGUGUGAUAAAUGUGGGAAAUUAAUCAAUGCUGCUGAAUUAAAGAAACCCCAAUGUAAACUUUGCAGAGCCACUCCACAUUUGCGUUCUUCCAAACAUUUAUUCUUAGAUUUACCAAAGUUAGAAGAACCAUUAAAGCAAUACCUGGAUAAAUCUAUAUCAAAUGGGCAUUGGUCAAAUACUGCAAAAGUUAUUGCUAACUCAUGGUUAAAAGAAGGUCUGAAACCACGCUGUAUUACUCGAGAUUUAAAAUGGGGCACACCUGUUCCACUGGAAGGAUUUACUGAUAAAGUAUUUUAUGUGUGGUUUGAUGCUCCCAUUGGUUACUUAUCUAUAACAGCUAAUUACACAGAUAAAUGGGAACAAUGGUGGAAGCAACCAGACAUUGUCCAGCUUUACCAGUUUAUGGCAAAAGACAAUGUACCAUUCCAUAGCAUUAUUUUUCCUGCCUGCCAACUUGGAACCAAAGAUAACUACACUAUUCUCAAUCACUUAGCUGCUACUGAAUAUCUGAAUUAUGAAGAUGUGAAAUUUUCUAAAAGUAGAGGAGUUGGAGUAUUUGGAGAUGAUGCUAAAGAUACAGGGUUGCCUUCAGAUGUCUGGAGAUUUUAUUUGUUGUAUUUAAGGCCUGAAGCACAGGAUACUUAUUUCAGUUGGAAUGAUUUAAUGCUCAAAAUUAAUUCUGAACUUCUCAACAAUCUUGGAAACUUUGUUAACAGGGCACUUUCAUUCAUUAACAAUAAUUUUGAUGGCUGUAUUCCUGAAAUGUUAUUAGAAGAAGGAGAUCGAAAAGUGAUUGCUCAAGUUGAUCGCGAAUUGAAAAGUUAUAUUCAGUGUAUGGAAAAAACAAGACUUCGUGAUGCUAUUAAAUACAUGCUCAACAUAAGUCGCAUUGGAAAUCAGUAUAUUCAAUCUAAUAAACCAUGGGAAAAAAUAAAAGCUUCAGCUGCUGAAAAAGCUCGAGCUGGGACAGUUCUUGGGUUAAGUGCAAAUAUCUGCUGCUUGUUGUGUACGCUCAUGGAACCUUACAUGCCAGAUUCAUGUGCAAGCCUGAAAUCCCAGCUAAACACUCAACCAGUUCAUCAUAUUUUGGUGGAUAAUUUUGUUUGCUUACUUCCAUCAGGACAUAAAAUUGGAAAGCCUGCUCCUCUAUUUAAAAAGAUUGAACAAGAGCUGAUCAAUGAGUUAAAAGCUAAAUAUGCUGGAAGACAGACUCCUGAGAAAGAAAAAAGCCCAUCAAAGAAACCAAAAGAAACAAAGCCUACUGAAAACAGUGUUCCAAAUGGAGUUAACCCUGAAGAAGUUGCGAGCUUAGAGAGUCAAGUUACAGAACAGGGUAAUAAAGUGCGUGAACUAAAGACGAACAAAGCCAGUAAACCAGAAAUUGACAAGGAAGUAGCAGUGCUUUUAGAGCUGAAAAAGAAACUGGUCAUUGCAAGAGGUGAAAAUCCAGAUCAAGCUCAGGGAAAAUCUAAAAAUAAGAAGAAAAGGUGAUGGACUAUAUUUUAGCUUGUAAUUUAUUUAUUUGGUUACAUCUCAAUAAAAGGAUCUUUUAGA